AACUCUUAUGACUACAUUGCACAUGUUUACAACUAACAAGUGGGUAUGUCUAUGAACCCUAUCCUCAACCAUACUUGGCCACGUGAAUUUGCUCCAAACUCCAAACUACAAAGCUCAAACCUCAAAAACGUGCAACUCACGCGCCAUGGAACACAAUUGGAAAAAUAAACCACAACAUGACAGAGGAAACUGUGGGUCAUAAUUUCUAGGAUAUUCUCAGCAUGGCAUCCUUAAAAAAAGUUCUUGGUGUUACUCAUGGAGAUUGAGCCAAGAAAAGAGACCCUUUCUCAAGUUAACAGAUUCCAGGUGGAUGAAAUGCAUGACAUUAACAUUAUUGAAUGGAGCAAGAAAAGAAAAUUGCAGGGUUUUCAGUUGGAUUUGCUAAGACCAAAACAUAAAUGUUGGGUUGAGAGUGUUUCUUCUGAAGAUGAAUCAAUGAUUGAUGAUAGUCCGAUUUUAGAGAGUGCGAACAACGACACGGUUAAUAGUAGAAUCGAUGCUGCGUAUGUCGAUGAUAGAUUUGAACCCGAAUCUGUCAAAGAUAGCAAUAGUGUUAUGGAAGACACUGAUACUUCCAUGUCUGGAAAUGAAGAAGCCAAACUCGAAGCAGAUUGUGCGAAUACGUACCUAUGUGUUAAUAGGCUGAGCUAUAGUGAAGACGAAACGUUUAUCGACAGCAAAUACAAUCCGUCCAACGAUGAUCCUGAUACACAACCAAUGGAGAAUUCGGAGGAGCAUCUUCCGGGAUAUUCAGACAACGUUAAAGACAGCAACGGUGAUCAAUCUGUAGAAAAGGAAUUUGAAGAUUUUCUUUUUUCUAAUGGCGUGAAUCCUGACAAGUAUGUUCUUUCAUCCAAAGUAUUGUUACUAAACCAAGGUAUGCAUUAUUCCGUACCCGUUACACUGCAAAUAUGCGAUAAAGAUAGGAUCAUGCCACAACUUGUGAAAUUAGUUUAUUUUGGUCAGUAACUCUUAGGAUCACGCAUGAUAAUGUUUUAAAUGCAGAAGCUGAAUCAAGCGCAAGGGAACCGACAAUUGAUCAGGAAUUUGAGGAGUACUUUUCCGCACUUAUGAUCUAGUAAAAGUUUCAAAGGAGUAGUAGAUCUAUAUUUAGUUCUGACCAGUGUUGUUAGUCGGGGAUCACAGAAAAUAGCGGUUUGUUCAGACUCUGUUAUAGCCACUAUUUGAAAACACUGAUUCUGAUGAUGGAUGUUGUAUAUAUUACUUGUAUGAAAAUUAAUAAGAGUGGUUAUAACUUUGCUGAUUA